UAGCUCCCGCCCACAAACUUUCUCAGCUGGGGCAGCAGGUGACAGUCGGGUCUUUCCGAGGAGCAACGCUCAACAACCUCCAUAUCACAGCAUCAAAAAAAGAUUUCACUCCAUUCUCUAUAUUUUAUAUUGCGUUAUUUAAGGAUCUCUUUCUUCUCGUUGGUGGGAAGCUUGCUAGCGGUUACGAGGACAUCUGUGCCAUUAGCGACUGACGUUGACAAGCAGAGAAGACGAAGGAUUUAAGAGGGACGACGUAAACUGAACACUCUUGUUCUUGUCCCGGUAACCACUGGCACCCCACCGUCGACCAUGUCAGAGCCGACCCCUGAGGUGAAACUGGAGACGAAGCAGGCGAGCAAAGAGGUGAAAGAAAGCGAAAACGUCGCCGAGAAAUACUCUGUCAUGACAGUGAGCAAGAACACCGAAAUGAACAUGGAAGAGCUGUCGUCUGCCUUCAGCGCUGUGCCCACUCACAAGCCGGUGAAAAAGCAACUCCAGUUUGUUGAGGACAAGCAGGAGUUCAGCCGGUUCCCCACUAAGGCAGGUCGCCGUUCCCUGUCCCGCUCUAUUUCUCAGUCAUCCACAGAUAGCUACAGUUCAGCCGCGUCCUACACAGACAGCUCAGAUGAUGAAACUUCGCCACGGGACAAAACACAGGUCAACUCCAAGGGUAGCAGUGACUUCUGUGUCAAGAACAUUAAACAAGCUGAGUUUGGGAGACGUGAGAUUGAGAUUGCAGAACAAGACAUGUCGGCACUGAUUGCUCUCAGGAAGAGAGCGCAGAGUGAGAAACCAUUGGCUGGUGCCAAAAUUGUGGGCUGCACUCACAUCACCGCACAGACCGCAGUGCUGAUUGAGACUCUUGUGGCUCUCGGGGCCCAGUGCCGCUGGACAGCCUGCAACAUUUACUCAACUCAAAAUGAAGUGGCUGCUGCUCUGUCAGAGAUAGGCGUGGCUGUGUUUGCCUGGAAAGGGGAGUCUGAGGAUGAUUUCUGGUGGUGUAUUGACCGCUGUGUCAACACUGAGAGUUGGCAGCCUAACAUGAUCCUGGAUGAUGGGGGGGACCUGACACACUGGAUGUACAAGAAAUACCCAAAUGUGUUCAAGAAGAUCCGAGGCAUUGUCGAGGAGAGCGUCACUGGGGUUCACAGGCUUUAUCAACUCUCCAAAGCGGGGAAACUGUGCGUGCCAGCCAUGAACGUAAAUGAUUCUGUGACUAAGCAGAAAUUUGACAACCUCUACUGCUGCCGAGAGUCCAUCUUGGACGGCUUGAAGAGAACCACAGAUGUCAUGUUUGGAGGCAAGCAGGUGGUUGUAUGUGGUUAUGGUGAGGUCGGAAAAGGUUGUUGUGCUGCACUGAAAGCUCUUGGGGCUAUUGUCUAUAUUACAGAGAUUGACCCGAUUUGUGCCCUGCAAGCUUGCAUGGAUGGAUUCAGAGUGGUUAAACUGAAUGAGGUCAUUCGCCAUGUUGAUAUCACCAUCACAUGCACUGGAAACAAGAAUGUGGUGACCCGAGACCAGCUGGACCGCAUGAAAAACGGCUCCAUUGUAUGCAACAUGGGGCACUCCAACACUGAGAUUGAUGUGGCCAGCCUUCGUACCCCUGAGUUGACAUGGGAGAGGGUGCGUUCUCAGGUUGAUCAUGUCAUUUGGCCUGAUGGCAAGAGAGUCAUCCUGCUCGCUGAAGGACGCCUCCUCAAUCUCAGCUGCUCCACUGUUCCUACAUUUGUCCUGUCUAUCACCGCCACCACUCAGGCGCUUGCCCUGAUAGAGUUGUACAAUGCUCCAGAGGGACGAUACAAGCAAGAUGUUUACCUGCUGCCUAAGAAAAUGGAUGAAUAUGUGGCCAGCCUGCAUCUGGCAACCUUUGAUGCUCACCUGACAGAGCUCAGCGAUGAGCAGGCAAAAUAUUUGGGCUUGAACAAGAAUGGCCCUUUCAAACCUAACUACUACAGGUAUUAGCAGGCAAAAAGUUACACCUCAGCACACGUGUUGAUGGUGGCCAAGACACAAGACCUUUUAGUGUAUCUCCUAUUUUGUAGUCUGCACAAGACAGAAUUUUAGUGUGUGUUAUAAUGUGUUCCAUCAAUUUGACUUUAAAGAAAUGCUCAUUAAUACAGAAUUUUACUGUAUUUUAAGAUUAUGGUGUAUAAAUUUCAGCCAGAUACUGUAAUUCUUCCAUUAAUAUUGUUUAUGAAUGUUGUGCCAAAUAACUGUAAGGGAAGGGUUACAGAGUUAAAAUGGUAAUACUUCAUUUUACUCGACAAAAAAAGUAAUUAUCUGGGAUAUGAAGUUUGUACAUAUGUGUACUGUACCAGGAAAACUCUGAAAAUCUUUAAACUGACUGAUAUCUUUAGUUGAUCAUCGAACUCAUGUUUGAGGUAGAUGGCAACUAGCCAUGCCAGGUCUAACCUUGCUUAAUUUAAUGAUACAGAGUGAUAGAUGUAUGGACCAAACCACAGUUUUGGUUACUAAAUAUUAGAUUCAUUAUAUAACUAAUUUGUUGACGUGCGUAUGCUGGGUCGAGUUAGUCUCUUAAAGCACAUGAUGCUUAAAAAUGAGCCAUAACGUCCAAAAUGUUGGAAGAAAUGCAUUAGCAUUUGGUUAUCGUCCUGCAGUUGAAAUACACAGGCUAGGUUACUUAGGUGGCCCUGCUGACUGAAUACAUUCCAGUGGCAAGGUAGAUAGGACAUUUUCUUGCCUCUGUAGUUAUAAGUCUAUGAAAACUCAAUGCAUUUAUGUGAGCUACAGUAAAUCUAGUGUUGAAGAAAGUUGAUUUGUUUUGGAAGAGGAAUGAUAAGAUGAUGCAUGCACCUCAGGUCAGUCAAAUAUCAAUAAUGUCUAUAGCAUCACUGUCAUUCUUUAUAUUAUCAAAUAGAUGAAAUUAAGAUGUCCAAUGUGAAUCCAUACUGUUGCAAAUGAUGUGCAUUCUAUUCUGUCCAUAUUGUGUGAGUCACAUGCUUGCUGCAUGCUCAGCACAUUCUAGAACUGUUUGUACUGUAUACAAAGCCACCAUACGCACAUCUCAGUGGCAUUUAUCACAACAGAAAUACACCUAUCGGUACAAAAAAAUGCAUUGUUUGACUUGUCUAUAGAUUGAGGUAGUAUAAUCUAUACCUCUUUUUUUUCCCACAAUAUUUUAAAGACAUGAAUGACAAGCUUUGUCAUCUUGUUUGAGACAAUAGUUGGCUGUACACUUUGUUCUCUUGUGCUUUUAAACUGCUUUUAUUUUUCACUUCACAAUGUUACUAUUUAUGAGGCUUGUUAUUAUACUACUCUUUUUCUCUGUUAUAAAUUUAAGGACCAUUUUAAAUGAUUUAAUUGAUAGAAUCUUCCGUUAUUUGUGUUGAAUCGUUUUUGGCCUUGGCCAUGUGGGCUACUUCAUUAUUGUUCCAAAUGUUAAGAUCUACUCAUUAUACCUGAAAUGUCAAUACGUUUUAACAGAACCGUACAUAGUCCGACAUUGAAGUUAUAAGGAUUUUUUUUUUAACGACAGGACUUUAUUGAAAAGUAGCCUUAUAUACGCUACUAUGUCAUCCUUGCACUUGCAAUUUCAAAGCAUAUGAUAUGAACCAAAGGUAAAUAGCUAUCUAUGAGGAAAUCAUUGUCAGGAAGCUGUAUGCUGUAACCAGGGUUACUGCCCAGCUGACAGUGCCUUGUGACUCCCUUAGUACAGUUUGUAUCUGCAGUACGUGUGUUGUUGCCAGUACUGCUGAUGCUCAACAAGACUUUUCUGCUAUGCAGUUUUCAUCUGUCAAAAAUGAUUUACGGUAGUUCUGCGGUGGAGAGUUGUUACUCAUGUAUUCAUUCCUUAUUUGUCAUGAAUACAGUGUUUUCUCUGUCAUACAGCCCUCGUAUUACACAGGUAUUGCUUUAAUUCUAGUUUUCCACCACAAUCCAACUAUUUUUUUCUUAUAGCACUUAAAAUGCCUUUUACAAUAGAUUAAUGUUGCUUUGAUAAAGAAUAACUGGUAUUGGAACUCGUGUUAUGUUAAAAUAAAAACAGGAUAUGAAUGUGUUUUUCAGGAUGAUGGUUGUCAACUGGAUGAUAUAUGCACACAGCUGUGAUUUUUAUAGAUGUACAGUUUUUGAUUUCUUGUCUAUUGUGGAGACAGCUAAUGUUAUUACAUUAAUGUUUUAAAGUAGGCUUUGAUCACAGUAACUGCUUAGUUUUAGAAUGCGUUCACAACAGUAUAAUGUAUGCUAUGGCAAAUUCUUGUGCACCUUUCCCUUUAAUAAACUGCUGGUGACAA